AUGUAUCUGACUAAAGUAGAUACAUCAUAUGCUUUGAGUGUGAUCAACCAAUAUAUGCAUAAGCCUAGAUCAUCUCACAUGCAAGUAGUGAAUAGAAUACUUGCCUAUUUGAAGGGAUGUCCAGGAAAAUGGAAGUUGUAUUCUAAUCAUGGGCAUCUAAAGGUAGAGGCUUAUGCUAAUGUUGGUUGGGCCGAUUCUAUUGAUGAUAGGUGGUCAACUUCUGGUUGUUAUACCUUUGUGGGUGCUAAUGUUGUAUCUUGGAGAAGUAUGAAACAAUUAGUCAUGGCUCGAUUUAGUGCAGAGGUAGAUUACAAAGCUAUAUGGCUCAUGGAGUUUCCGAAUUGUUAUGGCUAA